GAAAAUAUCACUAUUUUAUAGACUUAGCUAUAUUAUCGCAUCUCUACUACGGUAGAGACGGAGCUUCUUUCUGUUCAUCUCAUCCCAAUUUUCAUCAGAAAGAUAUGGCCGCCCAGGUUUCUAACAAGCUAUCAUCUGGUCACUAAAAACGUCACGCCCCAUUUCACCUGCAAUUUCCCCAGACUAGAAGCUCUCCCCGAAGCCACUCUACCAUAGAGUGGGAAACGUACAUCCACGAGAAUUUUGUUAUUCUUCAAAUCAAUUCCAUAUCAUUAAACAGCCGCCAUGCUGCGGAUACGUUACCCAUUUGCUGCCUCAUUUGCUCUCCUCUGUCUCCUAUCCGCUUACAUCGGCCUCCUUCCACGCAGCAACAAUGCAUCUCCAGGCGGAAAUGGCAAGAAUAAAUUACCUGUCUCCACCAUACCUUCUCUCCAACCCAACGACAAAGUCCUCCACCUAGUGACCUUCUUCUUGCUCUCCCUCACCUUUUACUGGGUCCUAGACACCACGCGCAGACGCACCCUCCACCUAACCAUCAUCGUCUGUACAAUGUGUCUUGGAAUCGGCUCGGAGCUCGUUCAAGCACUCCUCCCCAACGGCCGUUCCUUCGACCCCUUCGAUGUCCUCUCAAAUAUCGUCGGCAGCUUAUGUGCUGUCAGCCUAUGUACAUGGUAUCACAAACGGAUGUUGGAACGGCGGCGCAAGGCUCGAUUUGGCAAUGUGUUGAACGGGGCAGGCGAAGAUGUUGAGCUGGGAGGCGUUCAUUCGGAGAACGGGGAUCAUGGAGGGCUUGGUCCGCAAGAAACGGGUGUCACGAUGGGACCACUGUCACUGGAGCAAGAGGUGGACAAUUGGGAUGAGAAUGCGGUGGAUAAUUGGGAGGAAGGGGCUGACGACAUGCAGACGACGAAAACAGGUGCGGAAGAUGAUGGACAACGAACUCCCCCGAAUAGUUCGGGAAAUGACGGUGUUGAGGAUGCGCGGAAGAUACUGCCUGCUUGAUCGGUUGAUUGUUUCAAUUCCGAUUUCGUGAUUUAUUCGGUUGGCGGAUAGAUUUGAUUUGACUGGAUGAGAACUUUUUUUUUUUUUUUAUCUUUCAUACACAACAAAGAAGGAAAGCGAAAAUCGACGGACGGAAAGUCUGACAAUAUCCUGCGACGGGAAGGGAGUUACAUAUCGUGGCCUUUUUUCGUUUGUUUAUUUCUGUUUUAUCUAUGCUUUUUUCCCACGCUUACGAUCACUUUACUAUUUCUGCCCAUCUAGCCCUUCACUCGGAACACUUACUUUAGCAUCCGGUUUGUAUAAUUGGUGAUAUUACGCUUAUGACCAAUGAUUGUAUUAUUCUUAUCGUUCCC